GAUAAAUUCGACAUGAGGGCUCUUGUCCUGCUAGCAGUGGUUGCCGGCAUCGCCGCCGCAGACCUUCCUUCCACCAGCUACGGCGUCCCCAACGGAGCCUCGGGUAACGGAUUUGGAGCCUCGGGUAACGGAUUCGGAGCCUCGGGUAACGGAUUCGGAGCCUCGGGUAACGGAUUUGGAGCCUCGGGUAACGGAUUCGGAGCCUCGGGUAAUGGAUUUGGAGCCUCGGCUAACGGAUUCGGAGGAUCAAGCAACGGCUAUGGCUACGGGCAGGACGAAGAAAUAGUGGCUCUGUCCGAGAGCAUUCCUGGGGGCGGCGUCCCCGGCGAGGACUACCCCAUCUUGGCUUCCGUGCCCGACACCGGGUUCUCGUGCGAUGCCGUAGCGGUGCAAGGUUAUUACGCCGACACUGCAGCUGAAGCCGGCUGCCAGGUGUUCCAUAUCUGCCAGGACCGCGCCCUCAGGCGCCAACAGGACUCGUUCCUGUGCCCCAACGGUACCAUCUUCAACCAGCAGUACCUGGUAUGUGACUGGUGGUUCAACGUGGACUGUUCUCAAGCUGAGAGCUUCUACUCCGUCAACGAACUCAUCGGAGUCGUUCCCGACGCCGGAUACGCCUAUGGCGCUGCCGUUAACGGCAACGGCAACGGUUUUAACGGCAAGAGGAAUGGAAACGGUGCUAAUGGCAACGGAGUCAACGGUGGGGGAAGCAACGGUAAUGGAAUCAACGGCUAUGGCUCUAAUGGUAAUGGAAUCAACGGCAACGGUAGCGGUAGUGGCUCCAACGGUAACGGCGUUAAUGGCAACGGAAGCAACGGCAAUGGAAACGGAUCUCCCGUUGCUCCUUCCACCUCCUACGGCGCCCCCUUCUGAUCUGUUCGUCACUCAGCCCUUCCAUUCUAAUCGUCCCAAAUAAACAAAUAUUUAUGUACAAUUUACAAUAAAUACG